AUGCGUUUUAUGUGUUUCGUGAAAAAGAAGCGAAGAAGAGGUCAUAAAAAAAGAGAAAAUCCAAGAGACUUGCAAUAUGAAAAUAUUGUUGCGAACGAGGAACAAGUCCACACGAGUUCGUCAAGGUUGACCGAAACACCGCAUCAUGAUUCUGAACAAAAGUGGAAAGUCGAACUUAAUUCCGAUGGUGUCACGGACUCCAAUAAUAAAGUUGACACGUGCAGACUUGAAGUCCCUAAGCAUUUCGCACCAUGGAUUGAAUCUGUUAAGAGAAUAAUCAAAGAGAUUACCUCGAUAUACACGAAUGCUCAGUAUAAUCAAAAGACUUGUUUGGUUUUG